AUGUGGGGCGGACGCCGCCGCUCGGCCGCCGCCUCCUCCCGGAACGCCGCUUCGCUGCUGCAGCUGCUGCUGGCCGCGCUGCUGGCGGCGGGGGCGCGGGCCAGCGGCGAGUACUGCCACGGCUGGCUGGACGCGCAGGGCGUCUGGCGCAUCGGCUUCCAGUGCCCCGAGCGCUUCGACGGCGGCGACGCCACCAUCUGCUGCGGCAGCUGCGCGCUGCGCUACUGCUGCUCCAGCGCCGAGGCGCGCCUGGACCAGGGCGGCUGCGACAACGACCGGCAGCAGGGCGCCGGCGAGCCUGGCCGGGCGGACAAAGACGGCCCCGACGGCUCGGCAGUGCCCAUUUAUGUGCCCUUCCUCAUCGUCGGCUCCGUGUUCGUCGCCUUCAUCAUCCUGGGCUCCCUCGUGGCAGCCUGUUGCUGCAGGUGCCUGAGGCCGAAGCAGGAACCCCAGCAGAGCCGAGCGCCGGCUGGCAACCGCCUGAUGGAGACCAUCCCCAUGAUUCCCAGUGCCAGCACUUCGCGGGGCUCCUCCUCCCGCCAGUCCAGCACGGCCGCCAGCUCCAGCUCCAGCGCCAACUCAGGGGCCCGGGCACCACCCACAAGGUCACAGACCAACUGUUGCUUGCCGGAGGGCACCAUGAACAACGUGUACGUGAAUAUGCCCACGAAUUUCUCCGUGCUGAACUGUCAGCAGGCCACCCAGAUCGUGCCGCACCAAGGGCAGUACCUGCACCCCCCGUACGUGGGCUACACCGUGCAGCACGAUUCUGUGCCUAUGACGCCAGUGCCCCCUUUCAUGGACGGCCUGCAGCCCGGCUACCGGCAGAUCCAGCCCUCCUUUCCCCACACCAACGGCGAGCAGAAGAUGUACCCUACGGUGACCGUAUAGCUGGCGGCACCUGCCAGCUUCCUGCCCGAGACUGAGAACAAACGGGAGCGGAAUGUCAGGGUGGAAGCCCCCACCUGUGGGUGGCGUUUGUGGCAUGCGUCCUUGGGAUGGCUUCGGCGGCCCCCAGACCAUCUGGAGCACGUUCCUGGAUGAGCAUUUCUGGGUGCGUUUCAUCCCACUGACGGAGGAAGGAAAGACAGCACCGAGUGUGUGGCAGAUGCCCCAGCCCUUAAGUGCCCUUGAGCUGUGGUUUUUCAGAAGAAUUUUGUAAACUGUAGAUGAAGGGAUUUUAUUAUGUCAUGAUUAUUAUUAUUUUUUUUUUUUCAUUUUUUUCCUCAGUUGUGCUAUUGUGGGACACCUGUUGUCUCCUUUUCACCCAGGCCUGUGUUAAGCAUCUAAGGUUGAAGGGAAGCUGUAAAUAACAUGAUUAUUAUAAAAAGAAACCAGUUGGAAUCCAUGAGAUUAGUCUUGGGUCUCAGUAUUCCACGGGCACAUCUUAAUUUCAUUGUAAAAAGAUAUAUCUAUUUUGUCUAUUUUUGUGCUUUUGGGGCUUAUUUUGUGCUUUUGGGUUUGGUUUUUUUUUUUUUUAACCUUGUGUAGAGGUCUUAUUACAAAGUGAUUUUCUACAUUAAAAAGAGACUGAAAAAAUUGUAAAGUCACUUAGCCAAUGAAGACAUUUCAGAACUCUGCGGUUGUUUUAAUCUUGAAGUCGUAGGUGGUAUAGUAAGAAAAUCUCUCAUCCCCUUGAUUAAAUCUUCACUUUCUGGCUUUACAAUGACAUCUGAGAAGUAAGGAGAAUUUUUGACUUUGAGAUCGUAAACUUUGAGUCCCUUCUAACUGUACCGGGCGGACGCCUCGGCCUUUGCGUCUGCGGUUUUCAGGCCCUCGUGGCUAUGUUUAACACCGAGGGCCAGGAAUGACCACAGUUUUAAUGAUGAUCGGUGUCUCCGCUCAGAUCCAGUAGUACAUUUUCUUGUUUCAGUUGUAAAAAUUCAAAGAAAUGUGUGGCAGAGACACUUAGUAAGCGCUCCUCAGCCACACAGACCCAAGACGCGGGCGGACAUGUGAACCGCAGAGGCGAGUUCCUUUGCAAACCGUAGGCUUUUUGCAUUCUUGUUCUCAAAGUGGCUUGAUUUCCAGGUGCUAUCAGCUAUUCAGGUGAGAGAGAAAAGCUUUGCGAAGGGGACACAGCCUUUCUUCCCCCACAGGUCUUGUUUUCUCUCCUCCAGGCCUCAGCAAGCAUUCUCUCCCUUAGCAACCUUCCAAGCUAUCAGACUGAAGUGAGUUCAUUUGUGUACUGUUUACGUAUAAAAAAAAGAUACAUUUAAGUAUAUGCCAGUAGAUUUCCAACUGCUAGCGAAACCAAGAUGUGUGAUUAAAUCAUCGUUGUGCGGUAUGGUCUUUCCCAUGCCCAUGUCCACCCACGAGGAUCUAGCAUCUCUGUUCCAUCUUUACUUCUCAUCACUGAACACUGUAAAACCAUUGGCAGCAAGUGAUGUCAACAAGUGAUUUUUAAUAACCAAAGGCAGGGGAAAAUCAUUCUACUUAUUAAUAAAUAUUUUA